AUGCGUCUCAGGUGGGGCCGUCCGCUCCUGGAGUCUCCGCAAGGUGCAGCAGCAGCAGCAGCAGCAGCAGCAGCAACAGCACCAGCAGCAGCAGCAGCAGCAGAUGAAGGCAUACUUACCCCUGAGGAUCUAGAGGGGACCCUGCGGCAUGCCCCCACCCCACCUGGGGGACUGCUGCUGGGCCGUGCAGCAGCAAGAGCUCGUGAGAAGGCUCGAGCAGCAGCAGCAGCAGCAGCUGCUGCUGCUGCUGCUGCUGCUGCAGCCGGGGACAUCCCCACAGGCUCAGAGACACCCACUCCUACUGCUGCUGCUGCUGCUGCUGCUGUUGCUGCUGCUGCUGCUGAGGAGAAAGAGUCAGCUGCCAGGCGACGAUACAGCCACCGCAAAAGGAUACUGGAGGAGGAGGGCUGGGACUUGCUGCACCGCCGGGUGGGGGCUAUGCGAGACAUCAAGCUCUGGCUGUAG